AUGACACAGCAACCACCCGUUUUAAGGAUUGCUAUCAUUGGGUCUGGUGGGGUCGGCAAAAGUGCUCUAACUCUCCAGUUUAUGUACGACGAGUUUAUUGAAGAUUAUGAACCUACUAAGGCUGAUUCAUAUCGAAAAACAGAAUAUAUAAAUCGAGAAGAAGCACAAUUUGAUAUUCUAGACACUGCAGGUCAAGAGGAUUAUAAUGGUAUUCGAGACUACUACUUUCGAAGUAGUGAAGGAUUCUUACUCGUCUAUUCUAUUGAUGAUGAAGAGUCUCUACGUGCUCUGCCUACAUUUUAUGAACAGAUAGUUCGCAUUAAAAACUGUGAACAACCACCAAUGCUAAUUGUUGCCAAUAAAUAUGAUCUAAAAGGUUCUAUUCAAAAGGAUUAUACAGUUGAAGGUAUGCACUAUGCACAAUGUUGGGGUGUGCCUUUUGUGGAGACAUCAGCAAAGACGUGUUACAAUGUUGAAAAGGUAUUUAUGGAAAUCGGUCGUAAAGUUCGUCAGUCUCAGUUGGCUAGUAUACAAUAUCCGAAACAGGUUCAAAAACAUAAGCGGAGGAAAAGGUGUACAAUAUUGUAA